AUGUCUCCAAGUCAUAAUAAUUUAAAAAGUCCAAUCAUGAAUUCAUACAUUGUACAUGUAGGCGAACAAACCUUUUGUCUUUAUCGUUCAUCGAUUACUUUUGAUUCCCCUAAUUUUUUCACUCAGGCUUUUCUUGGAGAAGAUUUUAUUAAUAAUGUGGAAGAGCAACAAAAGUCGAGUAAUUUAAAUAAUGAGGUUAUUCUUGAUAGAGAUCCUAAAUUAUUUGAAAUUAUUUUGAGAUAUCUUAGAGGUUAUAAUAUAUUUCCACUUUCCUCUGUUAAUCUACCACCAGGAAUCUCACUUGAUUUAUUUCGUGAAAAUUUAUUAGAAGAUGCAAGAUUUUAUGGGUUAGAAAAACUUGCUCAAUUAUUACAAGCAGAAACACCUUCGCCACUACGUUAUAAAGAUCCAUUCACCUCAGCCGAUAAAAUUCUUUUGUCAUUGCGUGAUGUACCGAUUCAUAAAGAUUUUAUUAAAUCAAAACUGGAGGAUGGUAAUAACAAUUUGGCUGUUGAAUUUUUUACUGGUGCUGUGCUAACUAUUGAAUUGGAUGCUUCAGAUAGUAGUUUGUGUUUUAGAACAAAAUUCCUAAAUGAACAAGAUGAAAAAGCUUUAAAAACUUUGGGUGAAAUUUAUGGUAAAGAUUCAGCAAUUGAGUUGUCACGGCAUUUGAGUACAAAUUGGAAUAUGAGUGAUACAUUGAAUAGGAUACGAUUGGAAAUCGAUGGUGUGCAAGUUACUGGUGUAGAUUUAGCAUCUCUGAUUGGAACUCAUAAUUCUAGAAUGAAGGCUCUAGAAGAUAUGUUUAGAUCUUCUGGCGGUGAACAUUUAAUGAUUUAUGCUCAAGAAUUUCAUAAUACUGAAUCAAUUGAAGAAGAUAAUGUUGGAGAA